CCGGAGCAAACCUAUCCUUGGGACUGGAACUAAAUCCAUUAUAUCGCUGUAACAUGACGUACUUAAUAUUUUUUAUUGCGGGAAAAGGCGGGAAAAUUUUUCCAAUAUGGCUGACAAGAAGGAGUCAUCGAAUUUGCCUUGGUGGGUACUUGUUGUAUUUGGCAAUUAUUGGAGAAUAGGAGCCCUUGUACGAGUUAAUUAUGAGUGAUUUUUCUUAUCCAGGGUUGAAAAAUAUCGUCCUAACAAUCUAGAUGAGUUGAUAUCACACAAAGAUAUUAUAAAAACAAGUAAGAACUUUAGAACUUAAUAACAUAAUUUUCAAAAAUGCCGUGGUUGUUCCAACACCGGAACUUUAAGUUACAUGGCUACAGAUCCGUCUCAUUGUUCUGUAAACAUGCUAAAGUGACACCAAAUAGAUUUCAGUUGAUCUCAAGCAAAUCCUCGGUAGUCAAAUGGUUAAGGCACUUGCCUGGCAUGCGCUAUUGCACGGAUCAAAUCUGGGAGUGGAAUUUCAAAUGUGUAAGAGUUCUUCUACCUGCAAACAAGUGGCCAGAACAGUUUGGAUAAGAACCGGUUAGGGUUAGAAUGCGGAACAGGUUCAUAAAAAAUUUAUUGUCCAUAAAAAUGUGAGUAUUGUAUGUAGGCAUGCAUAAUAUUAUGUCGGAUCUAUAGCCAUAGAACUUGAAGUUCCAGUGUGGGAUGAGUAACCACGGCAUUUUAAAAACUGGGUUGGAUCUUGUCUGACUGGCGAUCCGGUCCAACUCUGAUAUCUGCCUCUUAUAAAACACACAGUUUCUAACACAUUCAUAUAUUCAAUAUUUUGGAUGACCAAGUUAACUUUGUUUCAGUUCGAAAGUUUAUCGACGAAGAUAGAUUACCGCACUUGCUUUUCUACGGGCCUCCCGGUACUGGGAAGACGUCAACCAUUCUUGCUAUUGCCAAACAACUUUACACUAAGAAAGAAUUUGGAUCCAUGGUUCUUGAGGUGAAUAUUAUCUCAGAAUUAACCAAAUAAAUAUAUACUACUGGGCUAGACUGUAUAUCAAUACAAUAUUGACCAGUAAAGAAUUAACCAAUUAGGAAUAAAAAAAUAUUGCAAGAGUAAAGAAUUAAUCUUUGGUAAUUUUUCUUCAGUUAAAUGCCUCGGAUGAUCGAGGAAUAGGGAUUGUACGAGGAGCAGUUCUGAGUUUUGCAAGCACAAGAACAAUUUUCAAGUAAGCGACUCAACAAUCCAGCUUGUCAGUCAGCUCAUGGCCUAUUUAUAUAAAUGGAUUGAAAUAACUUUUUCUAUAGGUCAGGAUUCAAAAUGGUGAUUUUGGACGAAGCAGAUGAAAUGACUGGAGAUGCUCAAAACGCAUUACGAAGAGGUAUUUAACCCAUUAGACGGGUAAACCCAAUCUCCGUGACAGGUGAAAUCAUCUGGUGUUAGACAGAGUAAAAUAAUAAAGUAUGGUGCAUUUGGGCACAUACAGUAGCAGCUUAAUGGGUUAACCAGACAUUUUAAAUUAUGUCCUACUUUUGCAGAAUAAGGUAUUUUUCUAUGGAAUUAAUUUUUAAAAUUUUUCUCCCCAGUAAUGGAAAAAUUCACGGAGAACACAAGAUUUUGUCUCAUUUGUAAUUACCUAAGCAAAAUCAUUCCAGCACUACAGUCGCGUUGUACGAGGUUUAGAUUUGGUCCACUAGACUCUGAACAAAUGAGCUCAAGACUUGAUUAUGUCAUUGAAAAUGAAAGGUAUGUGUAAUUCCUGGCAGAGGGCCUAUAGUAAGUUACAUAAUUUCUCUGGUUAGGUAUAAUAAAUGUAUACAAUUUACACUGGAAAUUUCCAUCAACAAAAUCCUUCAACAUGUGCACUAAUGCAUUUUACACACCAACUGGAAUGGCAUACAGUAAAUACCAAAUAUUUGUUGUAGAAUAACUAUAGAUGCUGAUGGAAAGAAGAGUUUGAUAAGGUUGUCAGGUGGAGAUAUGAGAAAAGCCUUAAAUAUUUUACAGGUAAGAUAAAUCAACAUUUAUUAAAACCUUCCGAUACCAAAAUACGCUCAUUUGUUCACCACACAAGAGAUAUUUAGUACCGUAUGUGUAAUAUUUCUUUUUUCAGAGUACCUCACUGGCAUUUGAUGUAGUGAAUGAAGAAAAUAUUUAUACGUGCACAGGAAAGCCACAAAGAAAUGAUAUUGAGAAUAUCGUCAACUGGAUGUUGAACGAAGAUUAUAAAGCUGCUUAUCAAAGUAUCCUUUUUAAAGUUAAUUUCAAUAUUAUAUUUACCAAAACAAUAACUUGGUUCUGUUGGUGCACAAUGAUACCAGAGUUGUGAUGUAGAAUAAGAUUAGUAAUAUGGAUUAAUUUAGGGUAAGAAUUUGCUAAACUGUAAAAGUUCUGUCACAUUACAGAACAGAAAGUUCUGUGAAAUUUUGUUUAACUAGUGCAUCAAAGAUAUAAUGGAAUUAAAAACAAUGAAAGGUUUGGCUUUAGAUGAUAUACUUGCAGAAGUUCAUAUUUAUGUACAUCGGGGUGAGUAUUGUUGUACGGCCCAUAAUCUGUAAAAUAUCCCAACCUACAGUUGAAUAAUUGUGGAAACCUUUUUCUUAAAUUUAGUGGACUUUCCUGCAACAGUUAGAAUGCAUUUAUUGGACAAAAUGGCAAAUAUUGAGUAAGUAAAUGAUGUAAUGUUGAGUAUUCAUUAUAUGACUACGAGAUAAAUGAAAGAGCAUAAAGUGAGCAGGAAAUAAAAUCUCUUCCUCAGAGCUCGUGAUGAAUUGCACCAUAGAAACCUGCGAGACAGUUGUUUCCCUCCAACUUGUUUUGUCAAUUUGUUGUUAUAUUUUUAUUUGUUUUUUUUUAAGACAUCGACUGGCAUCAGGAACUUCGGAGAAAAUACAGCUUGGCUCGCUCCUUGCAGCUUUUCAAGUUGCGAGAGAUAUGGUCACAAACAGCAUAGAUGAUGAAGAGAACGAAAGAUAGUCAUGAACAGAGUUACGAUGUUGAACAUUGGUUCAUAGUCAGAUAUACAGCUACACUGUAAUUACACUGAAGGGAAAAACCUGCAACUACAAAGCUUAACCUCAUGACACAAUGAAAAUAUAUGUCUCCGGUGGUGGACACUAUAGUAAUUAUAUACAGAUUGUAUUGUGUAAUACUACUGUGCUAGAAUGUAUAAAAGAUCUCGGAGAAAACCUGAACAUUUGUUAGCUGGGAUUUUAAUAAAGAUCAGAUACAUACCAAGAA